UCAUGUGCUGACUUCGCAACAUGUGGUUGAAACGUUGCCUGUUUUUAUGCGGCGCGCUCUCAGCAGCAGUCAAAGUUGACCUUCAAGGCUCCCUAACCCUAGGUUCCGAAGUCGCCGAGUUCCUCGAGUACAACCUUCAAGAAGAAUUCCCCGAUGGCCUCAGUGGACGGAGAGCCAACACCGACGCCCUAGAGGAACUAGUCAAAAUCGUCAAACACAUGAGACCUUGCAAAAACGCCACCGUCUGCACACCGAAGUUAGAAAAGUUCAUAAUAGAAUACGCCUCUGACCUGACAACCAGCAUCAAGACAGUUUUCGAUGGCGUUUUAGAAGAUGAACUAUGCAAAGUUAAGUAUUUCCAAAAAUGUCUGAAGCAUGUUAGGAAAGUUGUCAGAACAGCUGCUUCAGACGCAGAUGAGGUAUACAGAUGGAUCAAUGUUCUUAAAAAGAUUAGCGGGGUUUAUCUCAAACAGGGGGUGUUACUUACCAAACAAGGCUUAGAUAAAGCUGAAAGAAAAGAACAAGCAACUAAUGUGCUUAAACAGCAACUGGUUUUUACAAUCACUGAUAUUGAGAAGAAAUAUGAAAUGAUACUGUGUACAGAAUUCGGUUUAUGCCCUUAUCAAUUCGACACUACUAUAUAUGUGCAACUUUUACUUAACUUCAUCAGAAAUAUGAAGGAGAAUAAUGUAAGAUUAUUUUUAAACCAAUUCAAGCGGAAAUAUCUACACGCCCCUAUGUUCACGGAGGAUGUGUUAAUGAAGAAGAAUUUCGAGGAGGUUUUAAAAGAGAUGUUACUGAACAAAACUAUAGAAACAAAAGAAAUUAUAUUAUCCAUAGCUGAUGUUGUUCAGAAAAGACUGGCAGCAAGAGCGUCGAGGGAAAGAGAUGCUACGUUACUACAGAUGAUUUUAUCCGAUAUGGACCAUCUUUAUGUUAAUAACAAAGAUGAGCAUAUUGAAAAGUUCAUGGAUGUCUUAAAAGCUUGGUUGAAAAGCGAAGAUGAUGACGCCUUGGGGGAUGGCAUGGAGGCUUUUUACAAUAGUCUGGCUUCACACUUUUUAAAUCAGCCGAGUGAAAUAGUUUUUAAAUUACAGACUGAGGCUCAAGUAUUUUUAGAUCUCACGGCAUAUUACACUCCGUUUGCGACGAGAUAAAUA